AUGGCAACCACGUGCACACCCGUCAAAAUCGAUACCUGCUCCUAUCUUGCCUGUCACCUCGGCAGAAACACCACGAUCUGCGGUACCAUUAUGCUUCUUUCCUCCCAGACCGAACUUCUUGCCCCUGGAUCGCCCAUUUACGACUAUAUUCUCCCGAGGUCGCCUAUGGAGGUGAAGGCCGUUACUUGGAUCCAAAACGGCUUAUUUUAUUUCCUGUUCGGCGCUCAUGCGAUUGAGACUGUUAUGUUUGCCUUCGGGAAGUUGAAGAAGCAUCGCGUGCCAUUUGGGUUGGUAUGGCUGAAGUGGAUAAUUAUGUGCUUGGUGGGAAGGAAGUUCUGCUUUGAGCAUUUUGAUAACGUGGUUGUGCAGAAGGAGGCGGCUUUGCGUUAG